AUGGCGAGCCCUUCACUGAUCCGUCGUGUCGAGGAAGCGUUGUUCGGCGCCUGGCCGGCAUUGGCUCACGGGUUCGACGACGGCUGGGUAUUGCGCUUCGCCGACGGCUACACCAAGCGCUCAAACUCGGUCACGCCCACCUAUCCGGCCCUGGACGGCGACACCGACGUCGAGGCCAAGAUCGACCGCGCUGAGGCCUGGUACCGCGCCCGGAGCCUGCCGCCCGUGUUCCGAUCCACUCCUCUCGCAGACCCUACCGAUCUUGACGAGAGGCUGGCCGCGCGCGGCUACACUAUCUGGAGCCCGUGCCGGGCGCUUUACCUCUCGUCACUGACGGCGGAGACUCUUCCGCCGUUCCCAGAAAGCGUCAGCCUCCGCGUCGAUACCAAUCCCCGCGAGGGCUGGCUAGAGGCCGCACAGGCGCUCAUGCCGCUCAUUUCGAGCCACGAAGCAACGCUCAGACGCAUGCUAGACGCAAUCGUGCCAGAGGCGCGCUUCGGGGCCAUCUACGAGGACGGCCAGCCGCUCGGCGUGGCGUUCGUCGUCGUCCAGGGCGCCCUGAUGACCACGUUCCAUGUUCUCACGGCACCGAAAGCUCGCCGCCGCGGCCUGAUGCGCGCGUUGCUGGCUCGGCUGGCCGGCUGGGCCAUGGACGAGGGCGCGACGGCCGGGGCCCUGUUUGUUGGCGUGAAAAAUGUCGCCGCGGGGACGCUCUACGAGAGGCUGGGAUACGAAGAGCUGUAUCGCUACCACUACCGCGUGGCUCCAGAGGUGUUGGGAGGGAGUGUUGUCUGUUGA